CUUCUCCCCAUCCUCCUCCAGGUCUUUUCCAAGGUUUUCAGUCAUGAGGCGCUACAGUCCUACCUCCCUAAAAUCCAGCAGGUGAUCCAGGAGUCACUGAGGCUGUGGAGCUCCAACCCAGAACCCAUCAACGUCUACAGGGAGUCCCAGAGGCUGUCGUUCCACAUGGCAGUGAGGGUGCUGCUGGGGUUUAGAGUAGCAGAUGAGGAGAUGAGACAUCUGUUCACCACCUUCCAGGAGUUUAUAGACAACAUCUUCACUCUGCCGUUAGACCUGCCGUUCAGCGGAUACAGGAAGGGUAUCUGUGCCAGGGACACACUCCAGAAGGGGAUAGAAAAGGCCAUCAGGGAGAAACCCCUCUGUUCCCAGGGGAAGGAUUAUAGCGACGCACUAGAUAUCCUCCUGGAGAGCGCAAAAGAGAACGGCACGGAACUCACCAUGCAGGAACUCAAGGAGACGACCAUUGAGCUGAUCUUUGCUGCGUUCGCCACCACGGCCAGCGCCUCCACGUCUCUCAUCAUGCAGCUCCUGCGUCACCCUGCCGUGUUGGAGAAGUUACGAGAGGAGCUCCGGACCAGGGGGAUCCUCCACAACGGCUGUCUGUGCGAAGGGGAACUGGGCCUGGAUACCAUCGUUAGUCUGAAGUAUCUGGACUGUGUGAUCAAGGAGGUGCUGAGGCUCUUCACGCCCGUGUCUGGGGGUUAUAGGACGGCCCUGCAGACCUUUGAGUUAGAUGGCGUACAGAUCCCAAAGGGUUGGAGUGUGAUGUACAGCAUCAGAGACACUCACGACACCUCCGCCGUCUUCAAGGACGUGGACGCCUUCGACCCCGACCGCUUCUCCCAGGAACGCUGUGAGGACAAGGAGGGACGCUUCCACUACCUCCCAUUCGGCGGUGGCAUCCGCUCCUGUCUCGGGAAACAGCUCGCCACUCUCUUCCUCCGUAUACUGGCCAUCGAGCUGGCCAGCACCAGCCGCUUUGAGCUGGCGACCCGGAAUUUUCCCAGAGUGGUGACGGUGCCGGUGGUUCAUCCGGUGGACGGAUUGAAGGUGAAGUUCUACGGUCUGGAUUCUAACCAGAAUGAGAUUUCAUCUGAUCUCCUAGCCGACAUCAAGACGGAAGAGCUACUGGGAGCCGCGGUGUAG